AUGGCGCUCCGCGGGACUCGGCGCAAAGUUCGCGGGCGGAGAGAGAUGCUGCCGCAGCAAGUUGGCUUCGUGUGCGCGGUGCUGGCCUUGGUGUGCUGUGCUUCUGGCCUCUUUGGAAGCUUGGGGCACAAAACUGCUGCUGCUAGCCAACACCCUGCCCAAGACACGUGGAGAAACAGGAAGCUGAUGGCACCAGUGAACGGGACUCACAUAGCUAAGAACUGCACAGAUCCUGCGAUUCAUGAGUUCCCCGCGGACCUCUUCUCCAAUAAGGAGCGGCAACAUGGAGCUGUCCUGCUGCAUAUCCUCGGUGCUCUCUACAUGUUCUACGCCUUGGCCAUAGUGUGCGAUGACUUCUUCGUUCCAUCUCUAGAGAAGAUCUGUGAGAGACUUCAUCUCAGUGAAGAUGUGGCUGGAGCCACAUUCAUGGCUGCGGGAAGCUCGACUCCGGAGCUGUUUGCCUCUAUCAUCGGUGUCUUCAUCACCCACGGAGAUGUCGGGGUGGGAACCAUCGUGGGCUCCGCGGUGUUUAACAUCCUCUGCAUCAUCGGAGUGUGUGGGCUCUUCGCUGGCCAGGUGGUCCGUCUGACAUGGUGGGCCGUGUGCCGAGACUCCGUGUACUACACACUCUCUGUCAUCGUGCUUAUCGCAUUUAUCUAUGAUGAAGAAAUUGUGUGGUGGGAAGGCCUGGUGCUCAUCAUCUUGUAUGUGUUUUACAUUCUGAUCAUGAAGUACAAUGUGAAGAUGCAAGCCUUUUUCACCACCAAACAAAAGAGCAUUGCAAAUGGCAACCCAGCCAACAGCGAGCUGGAGGAUGGUAAUGACUUCUAUGACGGUAGCUAUGACGACCCUUCCGUGCCAUUGCUGAGGCAAGUGAAGGAGAAGCCCCAGUACAGCAAAAGCCCCGUGGUGAUGGUGGACGAGCUCAUGAGCUCCAGCCCGCCCAAGUUCAGCUUCCCGGAGGCUGGCCUGCGCAUCAUGAUCACCAAUAAGUUUGGGCCCAGGACCCGACUACGGAUGGCCAGCAGGAUCAUAAUUAAUGAGCGGCAGAGACUGAUCAACUCAGCCAACAGCGUGAGCAGCAAGCCGCUCCAGAACGGGAGGCACGAGAACAUGGAGAACGGGAAUGUUCCCGGGGAGAACCCCGAGGACCCCCAGCAGGAUCAGGAGCGGCAGCCACCACCCCAGCCGCCACCCCCGGAGCCAGAGGUGGUGGAGACGGUCUUCCUAUCCCCCUUCUCCAUGCCGGAGGCCAGAGGGGACAAGGCCAAGUGGGUGUUCACCUGGCCACUCAUCUUCCUCCUGUGCAUCACCAUCCCCAACUGCAGCAAGCCCCGCUGGGAGCGGUUCUUCAUGGUCACCUUCGUCACGGCCACGCUGUGGAUUGCUGUCUUCUCCUAUCUCAUGGUGUGGCUGGUGACUAUCAUCGGAUAUACACUUGGGAUCCCCGAUGUCAUCAUGGGUAUCACUUUCCUGGCAGCGGGCACGAGUGUUCCGGACUGCAUGGCCAGCUUGAUUGUGGCCAGACAAGGCCUCGGAGACAUGGCGGUCUCAAACACCAUAGGAAGCAACGUGUUUGACAUCCUAGUGGGACUCGGCAUCCCGUGGGGCCUGCAGACCAUGGUUAUUAAUUAUGGAUCCACAGUGAAGAUCAACAGCCGGGGUCUGGUCUAUUCCGUGGUGUUGCUGCUGGGCUCCGUGGCUCUCACCGUCCUCGGCAUCCACCUCAAUAAAUGGCGGCUGGACCGGAAGCUGGGCAUCUAUGUGCUUGUCCUCUAUGCUGUCUUCCUGUGCUUCUCCAUAAUGAUAGAGUUUAACGUCUUCACCUUCGUCAACUUGCCCAUGUGCCGAGAAGACGAAUAAGCAGAGAUACCGCCCCGGGAGCUCCUUCGGCCACCCGUGACACUGGCGACCUCUUCUCUCUCUCCUUCCCCACUACAGGUCUGUCCUGUCUUGGCAGCCACUGCCUGUUCUUCCUGAGCUGGAAGGAAGGGCCAUUGUGGUCUCUGCGUCGUCAUAGGCCAGCUUCUGGGCAUUCAUGCCUCCUGGAGUCCUGCCCCCCUCAAGGCAGGUGUGGGGGUUCAUUUGAGCCAUGCAGCUCUACAGACCCCCGAGUCUCUGGCGCACUGUAGUCAAAGGACCUCUGUGUGUGGCUUUCUUUCUACCACCCAGGAAGCCUUGGAAUGAGGCAGUCAGUGAGCGUGAGGUCUUCUGGGGUGAGUGCAGAAUGGGACAGUUGCUCUCAAGUGUCCCCUCUGGGCCACAGGGUUGAGCCCCUUGGGUGGCACACGCCACUGGCAGGCAGUUGGUGAGGCUUGGAGGAGGCAAAGCGCCUGCCUGCUGGGGGUUGAGACCACG